CCAGUGUAUACAAGAUUAUUGUGUCUAAAUGAUAUAUUUUAAACAGAAAUCUCGAAGCAAGUUUCUGAUAUAGGCAAGCUGUUUUUUUUCACUGAAAUUUUCUCAAAGCUUUCCUCUCUUAGUUAACUCAAGAAAACACAACCUAGUGACGCUGAAUGCCGUUUAACGUACGUUAGACCCCGAGAGUUCACAUUCUUCAUGCAUCUAAAUUAUAAUAUUUCUCUCUAUUCAACAAGAAAACACAUUUUGACUAGGCCUUUUUUCAUACUUUAAAUGUAAAUAUUGCAACAUAACACAAGUUUUUGGUAUGCUUGUGCAUAUAUAAUCAUUUAUAUCAAAACCACAUGCGAUACUAUUGUUCUGUAGCGUGACGAGAAUGCAAUGCACGUGACAGACAUGGCUCUAAAACGCCUUCAGGCGAGUGAGACGUAUCUGACAAGGUUUCUUUGUUGACGAUUGUUAGUAACCAACUAACCUUUGUACAACAGCCAUGUAAGCGAUAUUGUCAAAGCAAUAAAUGAAAUUCGUAACCUUCUGGGAAGAGUAAGAUCAAUUUCAUACACUAUUGAGAAGUUUCAUAGAAGCGUAGUAAAUAACCUCAUCUGAACCUAAAGUAUGGCCUACACACACUUUGGCUACUCCUACCAUUCAUCUUCAUCUCAGUUGUUAAUGGCAGGACAUCAUUCCGCUUCGAAUUCCUGUGACCCAUGCCAACCUGCUAUACUCGGGAACCCUCAUGCACCCUCACGAUCCAUCUGUCCCCUUCCUUCUUAUGAAACGCGUCUCUUGUCUAGCACGUACCCACAUCGUCUAGCAACAGGGAAUGUACCAAUGAACGGACUAUACCGAGCGACUUACCCAGACCAAGCCGGUUACAUGGCGGUGUUAGGGUCGAGUCCAACGGCUUUAUAUUCUUCACUGACUGGAUCGUAUGAUUUCAAAGAUAACAGAGGAACAUGGAGCUCUUUACCUCAAGCUGCUUCUUACUAUCCCUAUGAUCCGGCAGUAUUUGCAGCAUACGGGAAUUUCUCCGAAAGAUACGGGUCACCUUUGGAUGGUGUAAACAGAAGGAAAAAUGCGACUCGGGAAACUACAAACACUUUAAAAGCCUGGCUAUAUGAACAUAGGAAGAAUCCUUAUCCUACCAAAGGAGAAAAAAUUAUGCUGGCGAUAUUAACCAAAAUGACUUUAACACAAGUGUCCACGUGGUUUGCUAACGCUAGGAGACGCUUGAAGAAAGAGAGAAAAAUGACGUGGAAACCAAAAACCAAAACUGGUGACGACAGAACUGUGGAUUUGAAUGUGGAUGAAGUGCCAGCUAGUGACGACGAUACUUCUGAAAACGAGAAUGAAGAUGAUUCCUUUAAAGUUGACCACAAUGAUGCUAAAAAGUCGAGAGACAGUAUUCCUCUACCGGAAGUUCAGAGAAUCAACAAUCCUACUGGUGAUUUUCUUGAACCAAGAGAAGACUCGCGAAAUGAAGGCACAGUGGUCGACUGCGCUUUUAAUAAUUUACCUAAAAAUAUUUUAUGCGAAUCUUCUACGACAAAUUCGUUGUCGCAAAACGCAAAAGGUAGGGCCUUGGAAUCCAUGAACUUAUCAGUGAAAAUUUCAUCCUUCGAUCCUUCCUCAGAGAAAUUAGAUGUGCUAUCAUCUACUCAUUCGACUUCUUCGAGCCAAGAACCCAGUGACACUCGUCCUAAAAUUUGGUCCUUGGCCCAGACUGCAAUAUCAGACGACUCACUACAUCCUCAACGAUCAACAGCGGAAUUCCAUUCCUCUUGCACUGCUAGUCUUUCAAGAUCUCUAGCCCACCAUGAUCCUCAAAAUCCCGCCGAUACCGAGAGUAUCACAGAUAAGUCUCUUAGAUCAUUUCCUUUAUCGCAAAGGAAACUCCAAAACACGAAGGACGAAAUAUGUGGUAAUGAAUUACCCCAUACUACAGUAAAAAGAAUAAAUAAUACAAAUGUAACUUUUACAUCUACGGGGAUUACUUCAACUGCAGCUUCCCAACCACUACCUUUCGGAGAGGGCACCCUGACACCCCAAAUGACUUUGACACACCCUGUUGGUUCAUGCUCAGACGGUUUUAGACAAGCUGUGUUCGUCAACGAAUCUUCUUCGUCACACGAAAUAGCAACUUUACCAGAUAGCGUAUGUGGUUUAACUGGACUAUACGGAUGCAAUUCGCAUUUGCAUUAUUCAUCACAAAGUUUUCCCACUUCUUCUAUGUAUCUGAGCUAUAAAAACUGAAAACAAAAUUAGAUAAUUGACACAAAGUGACACAAUCCAGUAAAGGGUGACAAACACAAAAUCCAGUACUUUCUACAAAUUAUGUGGGAAUUUGCUGUAUAGCAAAAAAAAUGAUUUUUUUGUCAACGCCUCCUCAAGCAGUGUUUAGUAGCAAACGUUUAAGUCUGUGAUUCAUAUAUGAUUAAAAUCAAACAUUUGUUCAUCAUUACGAAGUUUCAUACCAAAGACUACUUUCCAAGAAGAAAUACCUAGACUAUCUGUUGUAAUUCUGGAAGAGUGGGAUUUCUUCACAGUUUGCAUCCGAAAUAAAACGUGCAACCCACUGGUUAUUGCACUCUGAAAUCAAAGUGGCGCAAAUUGAAAACGAUUUACAAUGACGUUUUUGUCCUACUGCGAUUCAACAAGUAGCGAUACCAAUGACACGUGUCUGAGUUAAAAAAAUAUAGUUCCUUAUCACUGGCUCCUUUUUAAAAUAUAAACAUCAUAGGUUAUA